AAACCCUAGCCCUCAAUUGCUUCCUCCAGCGGCGCCGAUUUCUCUCCUCUGAAUUCCAUCGAUUCCAAUGACGACCCGAUUCAAGAAGAAUCGCAAGAAGCGCGGCCAUGUGAGCGCCGGCCACGGCCGUAUCGGGAAGCACAGGAAGCAUCCCGGUGGUCGGGGUAACGCCGGUGGUAUGCACCACCACCGUAUUCUCUUCGACAAGUACCAUCCUGGGUAUUUCGGUAAGGUCGGUAUGCGUUACUUCCACAAGCUGCGGAACAAAUUCUUCUGCCCCACCGUCAACAUCGAUCGCCUCUGGGCGAUGGUGCCGCAGGACGUGAAGGAUAAGGCGAGCAAAGACAAUGUGCCGUUGAUUGACGUCACACAGUUUGGUUACUUCAAGGUUUUGGGAAAGGGUUUACUGCCUGAGGACAAGCCUGUUGUUGUGAAGGCCAAACUCGUGUCGAAGAAUGCGGAGAAGAAGAUUAAGGAGGCCGGUGGUGCCGUUGUGCUUACUGCUUGAUUCUUAAUCAUGGUGUCUUUGUAUUUGUUUUAUCGUUUUUAGAUUUUGCCUUACACAGCGAUGACUGUUAUUUUCUUCUAAAUGAUUUACGCUUUGAUUUAUGUCUUUUGAGAAUGUUUUAAAUGACUCUUGUUCUAGUAAUUUUGCUUUAGUAUGGCUA